UCGCUCGGGAUUGUCGUCCUAACUCGAAGAAUACGAUCCGCGGUGCGUGAAAACGCCACGUUUUCUUUUCGCCCGCCUCUCCGCCAGUUUCUUCUCUCCUUAUUAUGAUUAUUACCGUCGAUACACCCGAAAGGCCACUCGACUAUGGACAAAAUUUUAGCCAAACUUUCGCAAGUUUUCCUUCUGGUCCUUCUCGCUCCCAAAGUUAACGGAGCGAGAUGUUCGAUGCCUUCCCAAUCCCUGUACAGCCGCGUUAACGUCUCCGACAGUCAUUUAAUACCCGGGACCGCCGCUUCUUAUUCCUGCGAAGAAGGUUACCGGCUCUUCGGAUCUUCGACGCGUAAUUGUCUUUCGACGGGGACGUGGAGCGGAGAAGAACCAGUCUGUGCGGUCAACGUGGCCCACGGAAAACCCUCCAACCAAUCGAGCACGGCCAAGAACGGAGAAUCGUUUCGAGCCAACGACGGACCCGCGGAGUCUUGCAGCGAAACCAAACUACAGACGUCCCCCUGGUGGAGCGUGGAUCUGUUGCGUCCCUACAGAGUGAAAUACGUACAAGUCACCAGUCGAAACUGUUGCGCCGAAUACCAUUUAUACGACAUCGAAAUUCGCGUGGGUAACAGCAGUUCCGACGCUAAACUGUGUAUCUGGCAUCCCGAUAUUUUACGUAACGGAGUGACGAAAACGUUGAAGUGCACCUAUCCCAACGUAGGAAGAUACGUUUACAUUCAAUUAGUGGGAGUGCGAGGAAUUCUCUCUUUAUGCGACGUCCAGAUAUUUACUACUCAAGAAUUAGCCGUUAGCAGAUGCGGCCGAGAGAAGAAUCUAACGAAUUUCGCCGUUUUCAACCGCACCUGUUACGAGUUCGUCACGCAUCUCAGCGAUUCCUUUCAAGCGGCCAGAAAUUACUGUAGUAGUCACCGGGGUGAUGUGAUCCACGACGUCAAAAACAGCACCCAAAACUUCGUCUCGGCGGAACUGAAAAAGAGAAAAGACGAUUUAAAGUCUUUGUUUUUUUGGUUGGGAGCUCGACUGGAGGAAAAGUAUCGAUCUUCCGACUGGUACUGGAUUAACAAAGCGAAAAUCGAGAGGUUUUCGUGGGCCGACGAUCAACCCAACAAUUACAACAAACAACAGAAUUGUAUCGUCUUGGACGGUAAUAAUAAUUGGUUGUGGAAUGACAUCAGAUGCGAUUUGGACGACAUUUCCUGGAUUUGUCAGUACAGAUCCUUAAACUGUGGAACUCCGGACAGGAAAGAAAAUUCCAGUUAUUCCCCCAUCCGGUACGACUAUUCCGAAGGUCAAACAAUUACUUACGAUUGCGCCGAUGGUUCCUUAUUAAUGGGAAACAAAACCAGGGAAUGCGGAGCGGAUGGAUUUUGGAAGGGAGUUGCUCCGUCUUGCAAAUAUGUGAACUGCGGUUCUCUUCAGGAAAUAGAAAACGGUUUCAUCGUGUACGACAACGACAGAACCAGUUUGGGUUCUACGGCUCGUUACAUGUGCAACGUCAACUAUACCUUGUCUAACGACGACAUUUUCGUAUGUAAAUCGGACGGGAAGUGGCACGGGCAUCUACCCGCCUGUUCUCUAACCACUUGUUAUCGUCCCGAAGUACCGCGUUACGCCAGAAUUGGGAAACUCUCUCUGGCGGUUCAUUCUUCGAUAGAAUACUCUUGCCAACCCGGAUAUCGUCUGAUCGGAAACAACGUGCGAACUUGUAAACAAGAUGGAAGAUGGUCCGGGAAACCCCCCACUUGCAAAUAUGUUAGAUGCGGCCGAAUGCCAAAUAUUCAUAAAGGCCAUAUCGUAUACCUGAAUGGAACCACGCAUCUCGGCAGCAUCGCGCGUUUCUCUUGCGUCGUUGGCUACGAGUUAAAUGGAAAUGUCUUCAGAGAAUGUCUGGAAAAUGGACAAUGGAGUGGAGAUGUUCCGAAUUGCGAAGUGGUAGAUUGUGGCCAUCCGCCGGAUAUAAAAAAUGGCAGAACGGUUUUAAAAUCGAGUAGUACGACAUACGGCAGUGUGGUUAAAUACGAAUGUUCGAGUACUUACAAGAUGAAUGGUCCAGAUAUACGAAAAUGCUUAGAAAAUGGAUCGUGGUCCGACACCCAACCUCGUUGCCAAGUUAUAGAUUGCGGGAAACCAAAGACAAUAAAAAAUGGACUAAGCCAUCUUCUGAACGACUCCACUCACGUUAACAGCAUGGUUCAAUACGAGUGUUCUUCGGGUUUUCAGAUAGUCGGAUCACCCCAUAAUAUUUGUCUCGGCACCGGAAAAUGGAGCGGUCCACGCCCGUUAUGUAGCCCCAAGAAGUCAAUCGAAAAUAUUACUUCGAGCACAGAAGAUAAUAAAAUUGAGUAUAACGAAGAAUCUACUCUACCUCAUAACGACGAAGAACCGUCGUAUUUUAUCAUUGGUAUAGGAAUUGCUAUUGGAGCUACGUGUUUAUUAACAUUAUCAAUUACAAUAAUAGUCAUCCACCAUAAAAUGAAAAGAAAAAUAAACGUUAAAGACCCCGAACAAAGGUGCAACAACGGUAACGUUGGAAUGGUAUCGUACGGCGUUGGAACUAAGUAACUGUUGCGUCACAAUUCUCUAGCUAAUUGGAGGAAAUAAACUUU